AAGCAGCAGGCGAGGAUGGACGUGGUUGACAGUCUUCUUUACAAUGGGAGCAACAUCACUCCCCCCUGCGAACUCGGAUUGGAAAAUGAGACCCUUUUCUGCCUGGAUCAGCCCCGGCCUUCCAAAGAGUGGCAGCCGGCCGUGCAGAUCCUCCUCUACUCCCUGAUAUUCCUGCUCAGCGUCCUGGGGAACACACUGGUCAUUACGGUGCUCAUUCGGAACAAGAGGAUGAGGACAGUCACCAACAUCUUCCUGCUCUCCCUGGCUGUCAGCGACCUCAUGCUGUGCCUCUUCUGCAUGCCCUUCAACCUCAUCCCCAACCUGCUCAAGGACUUCAUCUUCGGGAGUGCCGUGUGCAAGACCACCACCUACUUCAUGGGCACAUCUGUGAGCGUGUCCACCUUCAACCUGGUAGCCAUCUCUCUGGAGAGAUAUGGUGCCAUUUGCAGACCCCUACAGUCCCGGGUCUGGCAAACAAAAUCCCACGCUUUGAAGGUCAUUGCCGCCACCUGGUGCCUCUCCUUUACCAUUAUGACUCCGUACCCCAUUUAUAGCAACUUGGUGCCUUUUACCAAAAAUAACAACCAGACAGCGAAUAUGUGCCGCUUUCUACUGCCAAAUGAUGUUAUGCAGCAGUCCUGGCACACGUUCCUGUUACUCAUCCUCUUUCUUAUUCCUGGAAUUGUGAUGGUGGUAGCAUAUGGAUUAAUCUCUUUGGAACUCUACCAAGGAAUAAAGUUUGAUGCUAGCCAGAAGAAAUCAACUAAAGAAAGGAAGUCGAGCACUGGCAGCAGCCGAUACGAGGACAGUGACGGCUGUUACCUGCAGAAGUCCAGGCACCCGAGGAAGCUGGAACUGCAGCAGCUGUCCACGGGCGGCGGCGGCGGCGGCAGGGUCAGCCGCGUCCGGAGCAGCAGCUCCGCCGCCAACCUGAUGGCCAAGAAGCGCGUGAUCCGCAUGCUCAUUGUCAUCGUGGUCCUCUUCUUCCUGUGCUGGAUGCCCAUCUUCAGUGCCAACGCCUGGCGGGCGUACGACACAGUCUCCGCAGAGCAGCAUCUCUCGGGGACGCCCAUCUCCUUCAUCCUCCUGCUCUCCUACACCUCCUCCUGCGUCAACCCCAUCAUCUACUGCUUCAUGAACAAGCGCUUCCGCCUGGGCUUCAUGGCCACCUUCCCCUGUUGUCCCAACCCUGGUCCGCGGGGGCUGAGAGGAGAGGCGGCAGAGGAGGAGGAAGGGAGGACCGUGGGGGCGUCCCUGUCCAGGUACUCCUACAGUCACAUGAGCACCUCCACCCCACCGCCCUGAGCCGCGCCCGGCAGGAAGGAGGGAGCAGGGUGCGAGAAGGAAGAGGAGGAAGCAGGGGCGGAGGA